UCUUGGUUCAUUCUUGACUUCAAAAAAAGCAAGCCGGCUUUUUUCCACUUGUUUUUUAUAUAUGACUGUUACCACAUGGUCUUGUCUUUGGCUGUACUAAAGUUUUUUAAAUAUUAACUAUACACUUAAAUGUUAUAUACUUUUACAUUACGUUGGUUCAUGGAUAAGGUUUUUUUACUAUGUACAUCUUAUCGUUUGCUACAUGUCUUUUUAAGGUAACGCUAGUGCUUGUUUACCUCUCUUUUGGAUGUUGUCUCUUAUACCACUCUUUUUGUAGAUGAACUGAUGAUGUCUACUGAGCAGUAGACGAAACGUCUUCAAUAAAUAGAUGAAGUAGCUGAAUUCUUUGUCUCUUUUUUCACCCACUUGACCGAUAAAACCCUACACUUACGAGUGCUCCUUUGUUAUAUUGGAAUUGACGGUCGUACUCCUUUAUGAUGUCUUCUGUUACAGAGGGUUUUUACGCUAAUACCAGGCGCAUCCAUGGGGAACUACCAGUGAAAAAGCUCAAGAGAUGGACCAAUCUGACCGAAAAACUAGCUACAGCUGAAGCAAGAAGAACUUUCCUUCUAGAGUGCAGGAGAACCAAGAAAAUUCCAAGAUUUAUCACAGAUACCACUUCUAACAUACUUACUACUACCACAGGAACCCACGAUCACACACUCCAACGCAGGAGCCAGGCUCUUAAUAGACAGAGGGUUUUUACGCUAAUACCAGGCGCAUCCAUGGGGAACUACCAGUGAAAAAGCUCAAGAGAUGGACCAAUCUGACCGAAAAACUAGCUACAGCUGAAGCAAGAAGAACUUUCCUUCUAGAGUGCAGGAGAACCAAGAAAAUUCCAAGAUUUAUCACAGAUACCACUUCUAACAUACUUACUACUACCACAGGAACCCACGAUCACACACUCCAACGCAGGAGCCAGGCUCUUAAUAGACAGGUGAGGGCACGAUUACUUAAUUUCCAUAUAUCGAAGGUUCAUUCAGAUAUUAAAUUCAUUUUUGGUCAAAUAAAUAAUGUCACUGAUUUCUUAGAUCACACUUUACCUGCAUCUUUGUUAGAUAGGUUUGAGACCUCUUUACACAAGAAAUUUAAUUUCGUUUAUAAAAAAACUAUUUUACAUCUUCAGAGUAAGCUUGAUAAAUUGGGUGCACCAGACUUCCACAAAAUUCCAUUUAAUCCUAAUUGGAUAAAGAAUCUUUCUAAUGUGGAUGUUCCUCAAAAUAUUCUAAAGCUACUAUCUUUGGGCCCUAAAUUUGGUCUGGAACCUACCU